AACAAUAAAGAAAUCCUUAAAAGGAAAUAUUACAAAAUCCGCAAAAGAAGAAAAAGGAACAUGGAAAAUGGAUACAAAGAUAGCUGCAGCCGCUGUAGCGAUUCAAGAAUAUAUGAAGAUUUUGUGCCAUCAUCAGAAGUGGUUCAUGGAAAAGACUAUGACACUCUUCUCCUUAAUCUUCCAGGUUUCAAGAAAGAAGAGGUGAAGGUUCAACUGUGCAAGAGUACAGGAAUUCUGAAGAUUAGUGGACAAAGACCAGUCAAUAAAUUCUUGAGCUUUCAGAAGGAAAUUCCAGUUUCAACAAAUUGUGACAAAAGUAAAAUUAGUGCAGCACUUGUAAAUGGAAUUCUUUAUAUUAAACAUCCAAAACAUAUAAUAAGGAGUUCAUCAGAAAAAAAAGAUAAGGAAUUGCCACCCUCAACUAGUGAACCAGAGCAGGAUCACAAAACACAAGAAAUGAACACUUCAAGAAAUGAAAUUAAUGAGGAGGAGAAUGCUGAGAAUAUCCCUGCUAAAGAAGAAGCCAAAGAAGAACCAAAGACCAGAAAAAAAACACAAGUUAAACCACACGAUCAAUCGGUAAAAGAUAACACAAUGCGAACUACUAGUGAUUUAUUUGAAAAGCUAAAGGGGUCAAGGCAAGUCAUAAACAUAUCCUUGGCUGCUCUGGUGGUUCUUGGUAUCGGCCGCUAUGUUAUCAAUGUGAUGAGCUCUCCCAAGAAAGCUCAAGAAUGAGACUAGCUAGCUUGUCUUCUUGCAAUACAAAUUUGAAAGUUGGGAAAUGUGCAUUUCCUCUGCUGUGAUUGUAAAUAAAAGUUAUAAAAGGUUUAUUCUAAAAUGUAAUCAAUGAAUUUGUUAUUUAUCAAAACAAAGAUUAGCAUUUGAGUAAAGCUGGCAUUAGUGCUAAU